CGCGACGUCAUUUUCUUGCGACUGCCUCCCUCUGACAGAUCCAUGUGAACCGCUUUGGUGAAAAGAUUCUCUAAACUUCAGACUCAAUGGCCAGCCGCAUCUUGGGCAGAUAUGCCCGUGUGCUCUGCAGGGCCUCCUCCCAGACUACAGCUGUUGCUGCCCGCCCCCCUCCACCUGUAGCUGGACCUGCAGGAGUGCAGAGGUCCCAAGGCUGGCCAAGAGUCACAGAAAGAUUAAUGUCCGAGGGAAGGACAGUUCCCAACGAAGACUCCUAUCCUUUUGUACGCACCCAUCUAGACAAUUUGGUGGAGAAAGCAACAGUUCCAGAGGACGUGCUGCUGGCCUGGGAAAAGCAUGGAAAGAAUGGUAAUCAAGCAGCAUGUGCCCUGGUGAGGUGGUCUCGUUUGGCUCUAAGCACAGGGGACUUAAAGGAACCAAAACCAGAAUUGCUAACAGAUUCAAGGCUACUGGAUAUGAUGGACACUGCAUCUCGGCAGGUUUCUACCAUUUGGAAUGGCAAUCUAGUCUAUUUCAUGCGCACUCUUUGGAUUUUUGGUUUGCCCUCUAAUGACUUAGUACUCAACUCUGUCCAGACCGAGGUCCUGUGGCGAAUACGCAGGCUAACAUUAAAGCAGCUGAGCUUCCUGGCAAUAUGGGGAACAGGCAGGAAAGGGCCGCAGAAUGUGGCAAUAGCGAAUGCUGCGUUAAAACAGCUGGAACUGCGCUGGACUGAAAUUGCAGAUGCGAAAACUGUCAUUGCACUGAUAUCCAAUGGAAAACACGUCUCAUCCACCUUGAUAGACCGACUUGAAGACAAGGCUUUGGAGCUGGCAGAAGGCUUCUCAGCUGAAGAGAUCCGGAGAGUUUGUUUAUCUUUGGCAGCUCAGAGCCGCAGAUCUGUGCCGCUGCUCAGAGCCUUGUCCUACCACCUUCUCCAGAAGCCCUCGUCAGAUUUCACCACUCCACUGAUACUGAACAUGGCUUUUGCAUACGGGAAGUUGAAUUUUCACAAUUCUCAGUUGUUUCAGCGAAUGGCCUCCGAGUUGUUACCCAGAGUCCCUGAGCUCAGCCCUGCUGAUGUCACUAGCUGUGCCAAAUCACUGGGCUUUCUCAAAUGGCUCAACAUCCCUCUCUUUGAGGCCUUUGCUGAGCACUACACAGCAAACGAUCAGAACUACACUACUCUCCAACUUAGUAACCUGCUCAUGACUUUUGCCAGAGUGAGCUUCCAGACAAACAAAGGAGAUGAGUUCUAUAGCAAGGUUCACCCUGCGCUGGAGGGUGCUCUCUCCGGCCUGAAGGCCUUCAUGCAGACGGACGUGGUUUGGGCUCUGUGUGUGCUGCAGCAGGCCAAUCCCCAGUACAUCAUCCCCCUCACACAACAGAAUCAUAUUACCAGACUAUCAGAAGGCAGUCCCGCUCGAUGGGAGAACUACAAGCUGAAGCUGCUCCACAUUGCAGCUACUCUCCAAUUGGAGCAUCCGGGUUCCUCAGACACGCCGCCCUCCCUGAGUGCCCUGUCUGUCUCGGACAGGAGCUCCCCCCUCUCCCCCCUGCAGAGGAGUCUAAGAGAGACUUUACAGAGUUUAGUGGGUGGGAAAACUGAGGCCCUUCGCACUGGGGUCCAAACUAUUUAUGGAUGGACUAUUGAUGGUGAACUGGUCGUGGAUUGUGACGACAAGCCAAUUGACUUGACGAUGCUGAAAGCCCCUCAUCUUCACAGUGAAGGAGGAGACAAGGAUUUAUCUAAAGGGGCACACAGGCUUGCUUUCUUGGGUUGGGAAUUUCCAAACUUUUGCUCAAAGAGCAAAGACCUCCUAGGACGUUUUGCCAUGAUGAAGCGGCAUCUUCAGUUGGCUGGCUUCAACACAGUGGAGGUGCCAUAUUAUGAUUGGCAGGAGCUGAACACAGACCGGCAGAAAAUGGCAUACCUUAAGGAUAAAAUUGGGAAGGCUGUGGCCGAGGACAUGGCCAAGUGAACUCAACAAUCAUUUUAGCACAUUUGCAGACUCAGCUAUAUAAGAGCUUUCCCAAUCAAGUGGGACCACAGAGAAUAUGUACGCCCACAUUCACACUUCGAAUGGAGCCGUAUUGCAGAAAAGCUCUCAUAUCUUUUCAGAAAACCAAAAUAAUAUUUUCAUUCUGGUUCCCUUGGCAACUUGUGGGGCUUUCCCUGUUUCCAUGGUGAUGAUAAGCAAGAGUUUAGGAGCCAGAGAGAGAGACGGAAAUAAAACAACAGCAAUGUCCUUCUGUAGGAAUGUGAUGAUCAAGAGAAACAAAAGAGAAACUCCCAGGCCGUUUGUAGAAUGUUGGCCAAAAUAUGGAGUUUAUAUCAGCAUCUGAAUAGAUUGGAAAACUUGGAAAUCUCUGUGAAUGUGUGUCAUAUUGUGAAAUAAUAAAUUGUUUUAUUAUU